AUGUCAACGCCGCCGCCUCUGUUCAGCUGCGGCACACGCGUGGUCGAUCUGCGGUCAGAAGGGCGGCCUGAAGUGCGCGCGGCGUGCCAGGCAGGCCUCGGCGUGGCGUGGCGCCGCACCGGCUCGGCGGAUUCGAACCGCGAGAGUGACAGUCUAUUCCCCACUCUGCGGGUGGUUCUCACACCGCGCGAAGUGCGAUGGCACUCGGAUGUUCAGCCAGUCAAUGUGGUCUCUCAGCGCAUUCCACUGAGCCGCGUGAACGAUGACUACUGCGACUGCCUAGACGGCACAGACGAGUUGCUGACAAAUGCCUGCUCCAUGUCUGGCCCCCUCACCCCGGCAGCUGGCACGCGCUGGAAGUCGUACCUCAUCUCGAAUCAGCAGCUGCGUCUGUGGGAAGCCGACGACGUGAUUGCGCAGGAAGACGCCGAGGCACGCGGCUACCCGCUGCAGCGGCGGAAGCACGGCGACGUUGGUGACCGUCUCUACGUCUCCACCGGCCCGGUGCUUCCCUUUGUGUGCACCUGUGGUACGGUGACCCAGCUGCUAGCGCCGUCGCUCGUCGGUGACGGCAUUGUGGACUGCUGUGCGGCAGAGGAUGAAGUUGUCCUUCAGGGCACCCCGUACGACGGCGCUUCGCCGCACCGACUCAGUGGAGAUCCGGCCAUAGUGGAGGCGAAUGAUCGCGCAUUGGAAGCAGCGCGUGCAGCUAUGUUGGUGCUGUGGAAACAGCGCAGAGUCAGUGCGUCACAGUACAAAAUCGCCACGCCGUCCCCGUAUGCGGACAGGCUGUACCCGCACCACACCUCUGCCCGGGCGAUGCUGGUGGACAAGGGGUACUACUCCCUCUACACGUCGCUCGAAGUGCAGCAAGAGAAGCAGGCGGCAGCGGCCGUGCUCGAGGGCAUCUACGCGCAUGGCCACCAGAUCCAGCGCGAUCGCGUGGAGAGAGGCUGGGACCAACUGGGUCGUCACCUUGUCGACAACCGCACGCAGUUGCAGCUGCAGCUCUCGAACGUCACCCGUGAGUUGGAGUCGCUAGAGGAGUACGUGCGCUACCGCAUGGGCGAGGCUCGCACUAACGAUCCACUUGCAGCCGGGGUGCCGAUGCACCACCUACAACAUCACGCGCGCCUCAUGCACAUGCACGACGUUCUCACCUCGGAGGUUCAGCACAUAUCCCUCACCACCCUGCAUCGCGCCUACGGAGACCACUACGAGUACUACCCGCUGGCCCGGCGCAUUAUGCACCUGGAAGCCAGCCAUCUCGUGGACCCAAGCACCUCGACUACCUUGGACCCCGCUACGGCACUGCAGCGGGAAGCGCGGAUCAUCACACCUACGGAGGUGGAGAGGAGGAACACUGCGGCCUACGCGGCACAACAGCCACCGCCGCCUCUCCAUGUCGACAACAUCUCCGUGAGUGAUUACGGUCUGGAGGUGAUGCACCAGGUCUUCGUCGCACAGCGCUUUGACAGCCGCGAGGCACCGCUCGUAGCACAGCGACUUGGCCUCCUGCCGAGCCACGACAUCUCCGCCUACACGCCGGAUAUCUUCAACCGCACAACAAGCCCCUUCCAGCGAGCCCCGGUGAUCCCGAUAGGCUCCUGGCAACCCUAUCAAAGCCAUCGUAACAGCCGGGUUAUGGUGAUCGCGGACCCGGCAGGGGAUGUACACCUGGCCCGCCGCGCGUGCGUUACACCGGCCUCAACGUUGUUCCGCGGUGGUGGCCGCCUGCAGUGGCCCACGCGGUACCCCGAGGCCCCGCACGCAGUGAGCGUCGCCGACGCGGAGGAGGUGAAAAAGACGCCCAAAGACAAGCUCAAGGCGGCCUCGGCUGGUGAGACAGCGAAGGUCUCGCAGCGGUACAUCCCUCACCAUACCAAUACGCCCUCGGUCUUCGCGGUGGACGUGUACACUGGUGGUAUCCACUGCGAACCUGAUAGACUGCAGGGCCCUGGUCGGACCUUGCAAAUUCAUGUCGCGUAUCUCUGCGACCCCGAAGACGGGAUUCUCCACUGGGCAAAGAACGGCAAGUGCUUGCAGGAGGUGGUGAUCGGCACGCCGAGUGCGUGUACAGCCUGGGCUUGGAAGGUAGCGACGAACCGGCUGAAGGAAGUGGGGAAGGCUGCCAAGGUCUGA